CGCACGCGGAGGAGCCCCAAGAGCAGCUCUGUUGCGACAGAGGCCGAGCGGCGAGGCCCAGUUCCCCGGAAGACUAGCCCACCCCUGCAGUUCGUUCGCCACCAUGCCCUCCGACCUGGCCAAGAAGAAAGCAGCCAAGAAGAAGGAAGCUGCCAAGGCGCGCCAGCGGCCCCGCAAGGGACACGAGGAGAAUGGGGAUGCUGUGACAGAGCCACAGGUGGCAGAGGAUAAAAAUGAGGCUAAUGGCAGAGAGGACACAGAGGUGGACUUGUUGACCAAGGAGCUGGAAGACUUUGAGAUGAAGAAAGCGGCUGCCCGCGCUGUCACCGGUGUCCUGGCCUCUCACCCCAACAGCACCGACGCCCACAUCAUCAACCUGUCUCUCACUUUCCACGGCCAGGAGCUGCUCAGUGACACCAAACUGGAGCUCAACUCGGGCCGUCGGUAUGGCCUCAUUGGCUUGAACGGCAUUGGGAAGUCCAUGCUGCUGUCUGCCAUCGGGAAGCGGGAAGUGCCCAUCCCUGAGCACAUCGACAUUUACCACCUGACGCGGGAGAUGCCGCCCAGCGACAAGACGCCACUGCACUGUGUGAUGGAGGUGGACACAGAGCGGGCCAUGCUGGAGAAGGAGGCCGAACGGCUGGCCCACGAGGAUGCUGAGUGCGAGAAGCUCAUGGAGCUCUACGAGCGCCUAGAGGAGCUGGACGCUGACAAGGCGGAGACAAGGGCAUCCCGGAUCCUGCAUGGGCUGGGCUUCAGCCCCGCCAUGCAGCAGAAAAAGCUAAAAGACUUCAGUGGGGGCUGGCGCAUGAGAGUGGCCCUGGCCCGAGCCCUCUUCAUUCGGCCCUUUAUGCUGCUACUGGAUGAACCCACUAACCACCUUGACCUUGAUGCCUGUGUGUGGCUAGAAGAAGAACUGAAGACUUUUAAGCGCAUCCUGGUCCUCGUCUCUCAUUCCCAAGACUUCCUGAAUGGUGUCUGCACCAACAUCAUUCACAUGCACAAUAAGAAGCUCAAGUAUUACACGGGGAAUUAUGAUCAAUAUGUGAAGACGAGGCUAGAGCUGGAGGAGAACCAGAUGAAGAGAUUCCACUGGGAACAGGACCAGAUCGCACACAUGAAGAACUACAUCGCCAGGUUUGGGCAUGGCAGCGCCAAGCUGGCUCGCCAGGCACAGAGUAAGGAGAAGACACUGCAGAAGAUGAUGGCCUCAGGACUGACCGAGAGGGUCGUGAGCGACAAGACCCUGUCCUUCUACUUCCCCCCAUGUGGCAAGAUCCCACCACCUGUCAUCAUGGUGCAGAAUGUCAGCUUCAAGUACACUCAGGAUGGGCCUUCUAUCUACAACAAUCUGGAAUUCGGGAUUGACCUGGACACAAGGGUGGCUCUGGUUGGGCCCAAUGGCGCUGGAAAAUCCACACUCUUAAAGUUGCUCACUGGAGAGCUGCUGCCCACAGAUGGCAUGAUCCGGAAGCACUCUCACGUCAAGAUCGGCCGCUACCAUCAGCAUUUACAAGAGCAACUGGACUUAGACCUAUCACCCUUGGAGUACAUGAUGAAGUGCUACCCGGAGAUCAAGGAGAAAGAAGAGAUGCGCAAGAUCAUUGGGCGAUAUGGUCUCACAGGAAAACAGCAGGUGAGCCCUAUCCGGAAUCUGUCCGAUGGGCAGAAGUGCCGUGUGUGCCUGGCCUGGCUGGCCUGGCAAAAUCCCCACAUGCUCUUCCUGGACGAGCCCACCAACCACCUGGACAUUGAGACCAUCGACGCACUGGCUGAUGCCAUCAACGACUUUGAGGGUGGCAUGAUGUUGGUCAGCCACGAUUUCAGGCUCAUCCAGCAGGUUGCUCAGGAAAUCUGGGUGUGUGAGAAGCAGACAAUCACCAAGUGGCCCGGAGACAUCCUGGCCUACAAGGAGCACCUCAAGGCCAAACUGGUGGGUGAGGAGCCCCAGUUGACCCGAAGGGCUCACAACGUGUGAGAGCCGCGGGCUGCUCCCACACUACCACGGCACCUGCCCUGCUCCUGCCUUAGCUGCUCCGGCCUGUCUCAACCCAUCUGCUUCCUGCUCCUCCGCUUCUUCUGUCCAUGUCUGCUGUGGCCAGCGCCAGUCCUGGCUGGACAACCGCCCGGCAGUGAUACGGUCAGGGCGCCCACGGCCCUGGGUCUCAGCAACAAAGGAGCCACCGAACACCCUCGUCUUCCGGGUUUCGUGGUGUUGGAGGGACCCCUGACCCUCCAGCCCCACUGCCCCUUUCUCUCUGCUUCUGGUUCAGAGCUCUGGGCUGAGCCUCCAUCCUGGUCGGUUUUUAAAUAAUUAUUUAAUGGUAACUUGUAGACCUGCGUGUUAUCUGCAAAGUGCCCAAUAAAGGAGGAAGCCGGCA